UAGGGAUGAUCCUAGUAAGGAUCCUUUCCAGAAAGUAGAUUGAGACUGACCUUGAAAGCAACCGGUCUGAUGCAAGAAGAGAAGGUAUAUAUAAGUAACAGUAAAAAGAGCGUGGUAAGUUACAGAUGAAGGAAUCUCGCAAAUGCAAGGCACCCAUGCUGGUGACGGGGAACAAGAUGCGACCGUCUGUGCUUCUCACCGUUGUCUCAACUCUACUACUCAGUGGUUGUUCGUUGUCUCCUGUCCGAGCGUUUCAACCCCAACAGACACAAGAACGGGCAACACUGCUUACUGCAGAGGAGACACCUGAUGACUUUGAAUUGCCGACGAGACACCUUCUUCAGAGACAGCACGCUCCGUUAACGUCGUCGACGAAUCUUCUGCAAGUAGGAGUGCGGGAUCCCUUGGAUGAUGUUCAAGAUGAGGUCCUCAUCCAGAAGAACCAGAAACAAGAGUUAAGGCUACAAGAAAUCUCCCAUUUUCAGAGGCAUCUUGGUCCCGUUUUUAAAGGGAAAACGAGACCCAAGAGGCUGCUCAAGAUGGGUCUCGCUUAGUUCUAAAAGAGGGACAAGGACCAUGGGAGCUACAUGACAAUACGACGAAGCACAUGAAAAAGCCGGGGUUGGGGUACAGCUACGGGUCGCCUCUCUAUGGAGAAAGCAUGUACUCGGUGUCGCAUGAGACAUAUUUAUGACUACAGUAGAUUCUUCGAUCCGAAGAUGAAGAUGGUGCAUCCAUAGGCUGAAAGUGAAAAAUUAGUCGAUCCUUGCUUGAUGAAGAUGGUGCAUCCAUAUGCUGAAAAUAGCAAGAAUGAAUAAGUAGGCUCUACUGGUGGAGGUAGUCCUUCGAUAUUUACAAAGAGUGUCGUUUUAAGCUGAUUUUUCUAUAAUAUCCACCACCAUCCCUCCUCCGCCUGAAGGAAAAAUUCCAACUAAUCGCUCUUCUAACAUCUACAACCAUCCCGCCUCCACCUGCAGUGUCUCCGUCAUUGCGGUGUAUCCUGAUCUUGACUGGUCAGUUUUUCCUCAUUAUCGCAGGCGUGGCGAUUUUGAAGACCUACAAGGAUGUCUUCGCUGGUGGCAGACCUAGCACAGCUUUGUUGUUAUGGAUGACCGAUAUGGAAAAUUUUUGACUUUCUUGUGGGUCAUGUACACAUACAGUAGCACUGAAUACUAACAGUAGAUGCUAGAAGGGCUAGCUAAGACCAGAACAACAAGAACUAGAAGAGUACUAGAACAACUAGAUGAGUGGAUGGAAGUUAUGAGGAGUUUACACGACCGCUCGCAAAGACAUGCAGGCGGGGAAGCCGUAGUAGAAGUUGUAUACAUCCUCCUCGACCUCGUCUCUCCAUGUCUAAUAUUACAUAAGUACUCGAAUACUCAAAAUAAGCGAGUUACUGACUGAAAUAAGUAAAGAGUCUUGACUGCAUUCCUCUUCUUUCAGUAUCUCCCUUAUUUUAAGUAGUUACUCGCUUAUUUCAGUUUUUCGAAUAUCUGCUUUCCAAAUGAAAAAAAUGAUCUUGAUCGCACGCGCGGCUGGUACAACACUUCAUAUUUCCAUCCCUUCGUCUAACCUCUGCUUUCCAAAUCGCACGCGCUACACUCCACUUCGUGCCAAUGGUGUGUGUGUUUUUCUUGGCAAUCCGGCUUCGCGCAGUGCAUCUAGCGGGUGGGGAAAACGACAAAUUCCAACUGCCACCUGCCUGGAUGCAACAGAUGAUGGAGUUGACAACUGCGUGUAUUGUCCUGCAGACUGUUGUUAUGAAUGGAGAAUUAAUGGAAGUUUGUAUUUGAACAAAUAGUUUUGGUAUUAUCUGUAUUAUGAAUGGAGGUACAGAACAAAUAAUUUUGGUAGAUGAAUGGAGAACUCCUGAAAGCUACUUCUAGAAUAGAAGUUGUUCUGAUCGUUCUAAGAAAGUCCUUUCUUUGUAGAUCGUGAACGUGAUGCCCUACAACCGAACGUGCUGCUCUAAUCUCCCGGUUCUCCUGACACCAUUGUUAUUCAACAAGCUGCCUGAAGUCGAUGACGAGGGCAACCUAGUUGUGGCCGAAACGACAGGACCUUCGGGGGUUCGAUCGUGGGGAAAUACGUUUAUCCUGCUCAUUCGAACAGCGUGUUUGAGUGGAAUGUGGGUUGGGAUCAUUUUAUGAAGCGGCCAUUAGGAUUUUUCGAAUUGUUCGUAGAGUAGGAGUUACAGAGCUGGAUCAUGAGGGCACCUGGGCGGAUGACACGUACACGAGGUAAGUACUUAAGUAGCUAUGUACAUUUUGUAAGUAUGCCACUUACUAUGUUGUACUUUUUUAUCCUUCUUCUUAUUCUUUUUAGGCUUUUUGGCUACUUAUGUACAUGUUGUACUACCUAGUUGAUUUUGUUGUAUCAGUAUCUAAAUGUGGCUCCUCUAACUUCCUCCCUCCAAGCCGGUGCAUGGAUGAUGGAGCCACCGAAAGAAAUCUGGGGUCCGAGAGCAGACAUGAAGCAUGCAGAUUUUCCUUGGCCCUCAACCUCCGUGAAAGCAACCUUGGAUAUGUGCAGUACCUUUUUCUUCGUCUAUUUCCUUCUAGCAUUGUUGAAGGAAAUCAAUUCGCCGAAGUGUGCGAAGUGCAUUGCGCUGUUGGAAGUUAUGAAGAAGAAGCUGAGGAUCAGGAUCAUACUUCUGCCGAGGAUCAUCAGGAUAUUUUUCAUCAGUCUCAGAAAUGAAUCCGCCUCUGUCUACCCUUUCCCAACAAGCAACAAGCAAUAUAAUGUCGUACAAUAAUAUCAUGACCUCCUCCUUCUAUAAAAAACGUCCUGGUCGUGUGCGUGUCCACCCCCGACGAACUACACUCAUGCCCGCCCCCACACAACCAACACGAACUGAACUCAUGCACAAUCCCACCUCCUAGCUACACCUUCCUCUUCUUGUCUAACCCUUUCUGCACUUCCGUAGUCGCUCUGGCUCCGAUGUUCUGUGUACUCUUUAUCGGAGCCAGGAUGCGCGCGGUUCAAUUGGAUCCUUUGAACGCAAGCGUACAACCGUGGGCCAAGAUUGCGAUGACAGUGUGUACAGGCAGCAUGGAACUUGUCUUGGCGGCAACGAUGAUUAUGCCACUAUAUUUGGAAGUAGUCGAAGAUGUUGAUUAUAAAUACUAGUUGUAUCACAUUCACAACAGACAGUUCGUUGUCGGUACUGGUGUUGCAUAUCACAACAGUACUCAUGUACUUGUAUAACAUGAGACAGCAGAAGUCAGUACUUCAUCAAUACUUCUGAAGAUAUUUAUAACAUGAAUUUUCACAACAGUCAUCGCAAUCGUUCAAGGAGUAGCUAUCACAAGGAUUUCUUCGAAGAUCCACCUCUAACCUCCUCGGCGGUUGUUGUUUUGGAGGAGAAGCUCUUAAGGGCAACUGUGAAGGAGAUGUACGCUUCCGCAUGCGCUCAACCAUUGGUGAAGUAUUGAUGCAAUUGAUACGUUGGACCUGCUUGGUUGGUAUCUACCUUUAUGGCUACCUUUUUAGAUAGGGAUACUAAUACAGGCAGGUCGUGAUGAAGAUUACGAUGUUCCAUUAGCUGCAUUAGGCCGUUUCAUCUGAGUGUGCUGUACUAGCGAAAGGAAGUAGUACAAUAAAGAACGGAGAUUUUAGGAAGUGGAUUGACCACCGCGCUAGAAACCAGAGAUCUUUAGAUGCAUGCAAAUCCCAUCAUCUAAGAAAGCGGAGCAGUCACGGUGUUCGCCUCCAUCCUACUGCUGGAAAAGCCAGUGGCGCCGACGCCUCCAGUCUCGCCAGCGCUUCGCUGCACGAUGAUCCUAACCGUGCUUUACCUGAUUGUUUAUCUGUUAUGAACAAACUACACCUACAGUUGCUACAGUUAUGAAUCUUAGUAAAUUUUGCUUCAAAGUUGGCCGGUAAGUUAGUCAAACCUGAAGUAAGUACAUGACCAUGAAUCUUAGUACUAGUAUCGACAUUGUUGUUGAAUUCAAAAUCUUCCCUCAUUGUAAUCGAGAUCGACCCACCUGUAGGUCCUACCCUGCUCAGGACUUGACCUUCAGCAAGCAGCAAAAUAGAACUACAUCUAAUUUAUAUACAUGUACCCACUACAUCUAGAUCUGUAGCUACACCUACAUCCUUCUGCCCCUGCCCCAAUCGUCCUACACCUACAUCCCUCUGCACCUCUUCAUCCUGCGGUAUCUUUAUCGUGACGUCCUUGAGACAAUGUAUGGGACCGUACUUCGCUUCUAGCGCCGUCAGGGCAUUCGACACAGCUAGAACGGCCGUCUUGUAUGCACCAAUGCUGGCGGUUUUGUUUCUAGGAUGUCGGCUACGGGCGCUUCAAUUAACAAACUUUUCUGGCGCACCGCAGGGCUACGCUCAAGACUGCAUGUACCUCGCAACAUGGACGACGAUAGUGCAACUGGUAAAAACUACUCUGUAAUAAUAAUGGUGAGAGGUAUAGAUUAUAGUCGAUUAGAGUACUCACCCCUGCAUUAAAGCUAAUGUUAAUGAUUAUAAACGAGGUUGAAUGUAGUUGAGAGGAAGGAGAAGGAUUGGGUUUCGUCAUCAAAAACAUCAGUUCUCCUCCCUCAUAUUGGGUUUUGUUGCACCGGCUGGCGAUGUCUAUGCGGACGAAGACGGAAACGUAAAGACUGAAGUAAAUUUGGCGCCAGGAAACCCGACAGCGAGUCUAAUGAUCAAGUACUUUUUAGAGUGCUACUCACGACGAACUCUCUUCAGCGUGGCGUCUAUGUAUUCUUCUCACGACGAACGUUCUUCACCGUGGCGUCUAUUCUUGAUGAAUAGUAAGUCGAUGAAACUUGCCUGAGAGUAGCACUCGAGCCAUUCUACUACCACACAGCAAUAUCAAACUGAAUCAGACAGUCUUCUUGUUCUUGUAUUUAAUAUCGUUAUCAAAAAACUCUCACUACUUGUUCUAGGUAUUUUCUGGAGUUCAUGAAAUACACUUGCCUCUUGGGUGCUUAUGGAGGCGCUAUCGGUAUCGGCUACGCGAUAUGCACCAUGACCCCACAGAAUGCUGAUGGCAAGGGGCAUUUGUUUCCUUGGGGACCGGUUCCGGAACCAAUCGACCCAGCUGAAAGUGUAAAAAGCGCAACUAUGCCACUUGCGACAGGUAGUGGAGGUGUGUUUGGGAGCAGGUGAGAAGAAUCCAUGUAGUAAUAGAUUCAACGUAGUGUGGAAGCCGGAAAAUUGGAGGUGGAAAAAGUGAUCGGGUAGGGGAGGUACUCGCAUACUAUGAUAGAGAGCAGGACGUAGGUAGUAUCUAGGUCCAAAGAAAGCCGGAGACAGCUCUCAACCUCUUGGAGGCGAGGAAAGAGAAGACGAGGUUUGUCUUACCUCGAGAUAAGCACUCAUGGCGAAGCAGUGGAGAGGGGGAACUAACUCUUUUUUCAGUACAUCAAAGUACAGAACUCAUUUUUGGCUGCCUAGGUGUUGGUGGAAAAUUCUCAGUAUGUUGGGUUUGUUCAUGCACAGGAGAGUAGCACAGUAAUUUGCAAAGCUUGGCGAACUGAACGAAAAUUCGAUUUCUUUGGCAACCCAUUGUUUUUUCCGAAUGUCACUCAACAUACACGUCCCACAACAAGAAGUCUCCCUGAAAGAGGCAAAAGCGAAAGGGCAACCGUUUCAACCCUGGUUUUCAAUUUUUCAAUUUCAAAGUCUUCGGCCAAAGGGCCAGCGCACGAGCUGGGGUGGGCGCAG